CCCCCCGCGCUCCGGCAGUGCGGAGCGGCGCUGGGGCGAGCGCGGCUCCCGUUCCUCCCGGCCGGCCUCGCUCUCCUCCCUCCCCUUCUCCCCUCCCUCCGUUCCCUCCCUCGCCCUUCCCGCUCCGUUCCCGGCAGCGGGGAGGUCUCCAGGCCUCGGUGGAGGCGGCGAUGGGGAUGGCCGGGUUUUUGUCGCUGCGCUGCCCCACCGGCUGCUGACGCCGCACCGCCCGCGUCUCGCGGACACCCCGCGCCAGAAAUCACCAAAAGGACGGAUAACUUGAAAGGCUCCUGAUCACUUUCAAUUCCUUGAGUGUACUACAGCAGCCAGGAUGUCGGGGGCUUCAGUGAAGGUGGCUGUUCGGGUCCGGCCUUUCAACUCCCGAGAAACCAGCAAGGAGUCCAAAUGUAUCAUCCAGAUGCAAGGCAAUUCAACCAGUAUUAUCAACCCAAAGAAUCCUAAGGAAGCACCAAAGUCCUUCAGCUUUGACUACUCUUAUUGGUCCCACACAUCGCCUGAAGAUCCCUGCUUUGCAUCUCAGAGCCGUGUGUACAAUGAUAUUGGGAAGGAGAUGCUCCUGCAUGCCUUUGAGGGCUACAACGUGUGCAUCUUUGCUUAUGGCCAGACUGGAGCUGGGAAAUCCUACACCAUGAUGGGCAAGCAGGAGGAGAGCCAAGCAGGCAUCAUUCCCCAGCUAUGUGAAGAGCUGUUUGAGAAAAUCAAUGACAACAGCAAUGAGGAAAUGUCAUAUUCUGUAGAGGUGAGUUACAUGGAGAUUUACUGUGAGCGAGUCAGAGACUUGUUGAACCCGAAGAACAAAGGCAAUUUGCGGGUGCGAGAACAUCCUCUCCUUGGACCCUACGUAGAAGAUCUGUCCAAGUUAGCAGUCACAUCUUACACAGACAUUGCAGACCUGAUGGAUGCUGGCAACAAAGCCAGGACUGUGGCAGCCACCAACAUGAAUGAAACCAGCAGCCGCUCUCAUGCUGUGUUUACAAUUGUCUUUACUCAGAAGAAACAUGACACAGAAACUGACCUUUCCACAGAGAAGGUCAGCAAGAUCAGCCUGGUGGAUCUGGCUGGGAGCGAGCGCGCUGACUCCACCGGUGCCAAAGGAACCCGGUUAAAGGAAGGAGCAAAUAUAAACAAGUCUCUCACAACUCUGGGCAAAGUUAUUUCAGCAUUGGCUGAAGUGAGCAAAAAGAAGAAGAAGACAGACUUUAUACCCUACAGGGAUUCUGUAUUAACAUGGCUUCUUCGAGAAAAUCUAGGUGGUAACUCCAGAACUGCCAUGGUCGCCGCUCUCAGUCCAGCAGACAUAAACUAUGAUGAAACUUUGAGCACUUUAAGAUAUGCUGAUCGUGCAAAGCAGAUUAAAUGCAAUGCUGUUAUCAAUGAAGAUCCCAACGCCAAGCUGGUGCGGGAGCUGAAGGAGGAGGUGACAAGGCUCAAGGAUCUCCUGCGUGCUCAAGGCCUGGGAGAUAUUAUUGACAUUGAUCCAAUGGGAGAUGAAUACUCUGGAAGUGGAGUCAAAUCCUCCAUGGGGUCCCUCACUGCAUCUCCAUCCUCCUGCUCUCUCAGUAGUCAGGUGGGCUUAACAUCUGUAUCAAGUAUACAGGAAAGAAUCAUGUCAACACCAGGAGGAGAAGAGGCCAUUGAGCGUUUGAAGGAGUCUGAGAAGAUCAUUGCAGAGCUGAAUGAAACAUGGGAAGAGAAACUGAGGAAAACAGAGGCCAUUAGGAUGGAAAGGGAGGCAUUGUUGGCAGAAAUGGGCGUUGCCAUUCGGGAGGAUGGAGGAACACUGGGAGUCUUCUCACCCAAAAAGACUCCUCAUCUUGUAAACCUUAAUGAAGAUCCACUCAUGUCUGAAUGUCUGCUGUACUACAUCAAAGAUGGCAUUACAAGGGUUGGCCAGGCUGACGCGGAGCGGCGCCAGGACAUUGUGCUGAGCGGGGCUCACAUCAAGGAGGAGCACUGUGUCUUCCGCAGCGAGAGGAACAACAACGGUGAAGUUAUUGUUACUUUGGAGCCUUGUGAACGAUCAGAAACCUACGUGAAUGGCAAGAGGGUUGUGCAGCCUGUGCAAUUGCGCUCAGGAAAUCGUAUCAUCAUGGGUAAAAAUCAUGUCUUCAGAUUCAACCACCCAGAGCAAGCACGAGCAGAAAGAGAGAAAACGCCAUCAGCUGAGACUCCCUCAGAGCCAGUUGACUGGACAUUUGCUCAGAGGGAACUUUUGGAGAAGCAGGGCAUUGACAUGAAGCAAGAGAUGGAGAAAAGAUUACAAGAAAUGGAGAUCUUAUAUAAGAAAGAGAAGGAGGAAGCUGAUCUCUUGUUGGAGCAGCAAAGACUGGACUAUGAGAGCAAACUGCAGGCCCUCCAGAAGCAGGUAGAGACACGGUCCUUGGCAGCUGAAACCACAGAGGAGGAGGAGGAGGAGGAGGAAGAAGUGCCCUGGACACGCCAUGAGUAUGAACUCGCCCAGUGGGCUUUCAGGAAGUGGAAAUUCCACCAGUUCACUUCACUGAGGGACCAGCUCUGGGGGAAUGCAGUAUAUCUGAAGGAAGCCAAUGCAAUCAGUGUAGAGUUAAAGAAAAAGGUGCAGUUCCAGUUUGUCCUGCUCACGGACACCCUGUACUCGCCCCUGCCUCCGGAGCUCUUGCCCGCCGAGCCCGAGAAGGGCCGGGACCGGCGGCCGUUCCCCCGCACCGUGGUGGCUGUGGAGGUGCAGGACCUGAAGAACGGAGCCACGCAUUACUGGUCCUUAGAAAAACUCAAGCAGAGGCUGGAGCUGAUGCGGGAGAUGUACGACCGGGCGGGGGAAGUGGCCUCCGGCAGCCAGGACGAGCCCGAGGGCUCCAUGACGGGCAGCGACCCCUUCUACGACCGCUUCCACUGGUUCAAGCUCGUGGGCAGCUCCCCCAUAUUCCAUGGCUGCGUCAACGAGCGCCUGGCCGAUCGCACGCCCUCCCCCACUUUCUCCACCGCCGACUCCGACAUCACUGAACUGGCAGAUGAGCAGCAGGAUGAGAUGGAGGACUUUGAUGAUGAGGCCUUUGUGGAUGACACUGGCUCCGACGUUGGGACUGAGGAGGGAUCAGACCUCUUCAAUGAUGGGCGCGACCCGUUUUACGACCGAUCCCCUUGGUUCAUUUUAGUGGGAAGAGCCUUCGUGUACCUGAGCAACCUGCUGUACCCAGUGCCCCUGAUCCACAGGGUGGCCGUGGUCAGCGAGAAGGGGGAAGUGCGCGGCUUCCUGCGCGUGGCCGUGCAGGCCAUAGCAGCUGAUGAAGAAGCCCCAGAUUAUGGAUCUGGUAUUCGACAGUCUGGAACAGCUAAAAUUUCAUUUGACAAUGAGUAUUUUGAUAAGAGUGAUUUUUCUUCAGUUGCAAUGACUCGGUCUGGACUGUCACUGGAGGAGUUAAGGAUUGUGGAAGGGCAAGGACAGAAUUCAGAGGUUACCACUCCUCCAGAGGAGAUCAACAGAAUGAAUGAGCUGGACUUGAAGUCAGCCACUUUGGAUGGAAAGAUGACUAUGGAAGGAUUCACUGAGGAAAUUGGUGAUCACCUGAAGCUGGGCAGUGUGUUCACCUUCCGUGUGACAGUGCUUCAGGCCAGUGGCAUCCUGCCCGAAUAUGCAGAUAUUUUCUGCCAGUUCAACUUUUUGCAUCGACAUGAUGAAGCUUUCUCAACAGAACCUCUCAAAAACAAUGGCCGAGGGACUCCCCUUGGGUUUUACCAUGUUCAGAAUAUUGCUGUGGAAGUGACAGAAUCCUUUGUGGAGUACAUCAAAACAAAGCCUAUUGUCUUUGAAGUCUUUGGACAUUAUCAGCAGCAUCCUCUCCACCUGCAAGGACAGGAUCUCAACAGCCCUCCACAGCCUUCUCGAAGAUUCUUUCCUCCCCCCAUGCCACUGUCAAAGCCAGUGCCAGCUACAAAGCUGAAUACUGUGAGCAAGCCCAGCUUGGGCCAGAGUGUGAGCAAAUACGACCUCCUGGUGUGGUUUGAGAUCAGUGAACUGGAGCCAACAGGGGAGUACAUCCCUGCUAUUGUGGAUCACACCGGGGGCCUGCCCUGCCAGGGGACCUUUCUGCUGCACCAGGGAAUCCAGCGGAGAAUCACAGUCACCAUUAUCCAUGAGAAGGGCAGUGAGCUGCACUGGAAAGAUGUGCGAGAGCUGGUGGUUGGCCGUAUAAGAAAUAAAGCAGAGGUAGAUGAAGCUGCUGUGGAUGCCAUUCUGUCUUUGAAUAUUAUCUCUGCAAAAUACCUGAAAUCCUCUCACAGCUCCAACAGGACUUUCUAUCGGUUCGAGGCAGUUUGGGAUAGUUCCUUGCACAACUCCCUCCUCCUCAAUCGAGUGACACCGUAUGGAGAGAAGAUCUACAUGACCCUUUCUGCCUACCUGGAGCUUGACCACUGCAUCCAGCCUGCUGUGAUCACAAAGGAUGUGUGCAUGGUGUUUUACUCGCGGGACGCCAAGAUCUCCCCCCCGCGCUCCCUGCGCAGCCUCUUCGGCAGCGGCUACUCCAAAUCCCCAGACUCCAAUCGAGUAACUGGGAUCUAUGAACUGAGUUUAUGCAAAAUGUCAGACACAGGAAGUCCAGGAAUGCAGAGGAGGAGGAGGAAGGUCCUGGAUACUUCUGUCGCAUAUGUGAGGGGAGAAGAGAACCUGGCAGGUUGGAGGCCCAGGGGGGACAGCCUCAUUCUAGAGCAUCAGUGGGAACUGGAGAAACUGGAGCUGCUGCAUGAGGUGGAAAAAACCCGACAUUUCCUUCUGCUUCGUGAGAAGCUUGGUGACAGCAUCCCCAAGUCUCUGAGUGACUCGUUGUCUCCCAGCCUGAGCAGUGGAACCCUCAGCACCUCCACCAGCAUUUCCUCUCAGAUUUCCACCACGACCUUUGAGAGCGCGGUGACGCCCAGCGAGAGCAGCGGCUACGACUCCGCGGACAUCGAGAGCCUGGUGGACCGGGAGAAGGAGCUGGCCACCAAGUGUCUGCAGCUUCUUACUCAUACCUUCAAUCGGGAAUUCAACCAGGUGUACAACAGCAUCAGUGAUUGUAAGCUCUCGGAUAUUUCUCCAAUUGGGCGGGACCCGUCCGUGUCCAGUUUCAGCAGUGCAACCCUCACCCCUUCAUCCACCUGCCCUUCUCUGGUGGAUUCCAGGUGCAAUUCCGUUGAUCAGAAGACACCAGAAGCAAAUUCUCGUGCCUCCAGUCCCUGUCAUGAGGUGGAGCAGUUCCAGAUAAUUCCUGCAGUAGAAACCUCCUACCUUGCCAGAGCUGGAAAGAAUGAGUUCCUAAACCUCGUUCCUGAUAUCGAGGAAAUCAGACCAGGCUCUGUGGUGUCAAAGAAAGGAUACCUCCACUUCAAGGAGCCACUCUCCAGCUCCUGGGCCAAGCACUUUGUUGUGGUUCGCCGUCCCUAUGUUUUUAUUUACAACAGUGACAAAGAUCCUGUAGAAAGAGGAAUCAUAAACUUAUCCACAGCUCAGGUGGAAUACAGCGAGGAUCAACAGGCAAUGGUGAAGACACCCAACACGUUUGGAGUGUGCACAAAGCACCGUGGGGUCCUGCUCCAGGCCAUCAAUGACAAGGACAUGAAUGACUGGUUAUACGCCUUCAAUCCUCUCCUGGCUGGCACCAUUCGGUCAAAGCUGGCUCGAAGACGCACGGGCCAGAUGAAGUACUGAGUCCAUGUAAUGUUCUCAUCUGUUCUCCCCACUCACCUUCCCAUAGAUGGUGUUACCUCUCAUUUUCUCUUUGUGAUUCUUGAUAGUUUCUCUUGUAUGUAAUCCUGUGGCUUAACAUCCCCCACCUUCCCCACUCCUUCAGCACAUUUUCUAGGUAUUCUAACCCUACCUUGUUUCUUUUCACCUGUACCUGAAUUGUACUAGUAGCAUGUGGCCAAACAAAAAGAGAAAGAAAAAAAAAAUCAAAAAAUCGAGUGAUUAUGCACGACUCUAAAAAGAAAAAAAAAAAUUCCUAUAACAAUUGUUUUCCCAUUUCAAUUGACCUUUUGGUGUCUGUCCCACUGUCCACUGUCUGUCUAGACUGCUACAGGGUUUUCAUUCAAUAUGUGACUUGGCAGUGGUCCUUGGUUCCCUCAGGGCAAAGUUCCAAUGCCAGGGAAAGAUAAAUUGUUUAAUGGAGACAUUACCCAGCCAGGAACUGCAAUAGCUCCUCAGGCUUUCUGGAUCCAGCCUCAAAGUUAAACUCUGUUGAAAGCUGAUAUUGGACAAAUCUAUCUGGACAGACUGGAUUUUGGACUUUGUGCAAGUUUCUGAGUUUCCAGGGUCCAGCAGGCUAAGGCACGAGCUAGGAAAAGUUAGGGAACAAUCCAGGAGGGGCUGGCUGGAACAAUCUGCCUUUAAACUCUUGCUGUGGGGGUUGCAGGUGAGCCUUGGGUUUAACUUGCUUGGGUUUAACUCUUUCCCAGAAGAGUUUCCAUCAACAUGUACUCCUCAGCCUCUCAGCUGAGCUGAGCAGACUGUGCUGAUAUGAGGGGAAAUAGACCACAGACUGAAAUAUGAGAUAAAAUCCCAAAAAUUUCAUAUGCUCAAGCCGUGUAUUUGACAGAUGGGGAGUAUGAAAUAUAAAUGAAAGUGCAGUUGGUCCCCGGGUCACCAUGGAGGGCAGAUCCCCUCUUCCUUCUUUUAGUCCUGACUUCCAAGUUCUGCAGGAACAGUUCUCACCUCUCUGGGAAGAGGUUCAGGACUCCCAUGGCUGUGUCAGGGUAGCAGCUCUGCAGCAUUGUUCCCAAGGGCCUGCUUGUGCAGCCCUACCCUGUAAUGCUCCCGUGUCACCCCAGCUGUCCAUGGGAGCACCCAAGGUCUGUGGAACACUUCCUAGGCUCAGCACCUGCAGUGUUCUCAGGGAGCUGCAGGACACUUUCAAUUCCUUUUGAAAUAACUGCUGAGUGUCUCCUAAUUUCCCUGCUGCAAUUUUCAUCAGCUAAACCCACUGUAUUCAGAGUUAACCCUUCUGGGAAAUAGAGCAAGUGGAUUCUGGUCCUGGUCAGUGGCAUGUCAUAAUUGGCUUCUGGGUGGUGUCAGUUCUUGACCUACAGUGUAAGUUCUUGUGGCCAAAGCUUUGCUUCUUGCCCCAGGAAAGAAGAGCAGAAUGAAUUUCCUUUGGGAGAAGUGAACUCCCCUCUCUCAGUCAGGUGUUGGGGAGGCUGGGGAUGUUGUGUGUUCUUUCCUGCUGUGUUAUCCUUUCUUGCUGUACCCAGGGCACUGGUAGGGCUGGCUGUGGUCCUGGGCAGUGUAAAGGGGUUUCACCUGGAGGCUCCAGCCUCGCAAGGGAGGGCUGGAAGGGUCUGUCCCUCUCUUGCAGUAGGCACACCAGGCACAGUGCAGGCCAGGAGGCUGACUGGGGUCCGGGUCAGCAGCGGGGCAGGCCACGCCUGCGUGGGACUGGAAUGUGCUGAGGAAGGGCUUUGCUGUGUGGGGCUGCAUCGCUGAGAGCAGUGCAGGGCACAGUGAGACCUCCUGCAGCCGGGAAGGCAAAGGAGCAGGGAGAUGGAGCUGACACUUGCUAGGACAUACCUUUACAUAUCUUGAGGUAGUUCUCAAGCUAACUUGUAUGCUCAUGCUGCUCUGUGGUCCUCAGAUUUAUUUCAGAACUGGAAGCCAGAGUGAGGGAGCAUCCUGGGGACCCAGGAACAUGAUAGGGAUAGGGUUUUGGGGUUUUUUGGUUUUUUUUCCUUUUGUUUUUGUCUUGUUUAACUGUGUGUGACUCUUAAUACAGUGAUGAUAUUCCUUUGUUAUGCAAUGAUGAUAAAGCACUUCCAGUGUGUGGAUAAAACUGUUGUCCUGCAAGAGGGCUCCUCACACUGCAGCUAAGCUGAUCUCAAGAAUUAGGUUAAUUCUAAGCAUUAAGUUAUUGCUGCCAUCACCACUGUUUAUAAUGACAGUGGAACCUGUUUGAGGAGGCAGAGUGAUUGAGGUGGGGGUAGGUUGUGACACACUAAGAGCAUUUUAACUUUUAUCUGUUUCUUUUCUUUAACUAGAAAAAAACCUAGUUUUCUAAGUCUUUGCUUUGGAUAAGCCAGAGAACGAACCAAGUGGUUAUAGGCAUUGCACAAAAUCAUGAUUAAGGGAUCUUCAUUUAAGAGCAGGAACAGACAGAUGCUUAUCUUACAGAGAGCUUGAAGUGUUACAGUUGUUGUAUAAAUGUCACUCUUCUGUCUUAAAACUCCAAGCAAAUUCUGGUGACUUGAGGUCUGAGUGAAUAAUAGAUCAUCAGAAGACCAAAAGUCUGGUUUUAAGCAUCAGCAUCUCUUAAAGCUGCAUAAUCUGUAACAAACUAGGUCCUUGUGGGGAGUUCAAAUGGGCAUUACUGUUUUCAGGUCUGACAUAAAGGCAGACAAAGUUUUUCUGCAGUUACUGAAGCCUGCUUUGAGACAUUUGGGUUUCCUUACUUAAAGCUAUACUGAAACCAGUCCAAGUUUUCUUUAAAGAGAUAACAAACCAAACAAAUAAGGAAACAAAAAAAGUGAAUUUCCAUUCACUUCAAAGCUUAGCCCAGCAUGUUAGAAAUUUCUUUUUUGAAACAGAAUGAGGAAGGAAAAAUAUGCUAAGUUGCCUUCUCCUGGCACUCCAAAGCCCAUUUUUGGUUACCUGCUGUGUGUGUGUGGAGUCCCAGAGUCAGACAGCUCUGGGGACUCGGCCUCAGUAGAGGAGGCAUCCUGCUGUGGGCCUGCCAGCCCGUGAGGACAUGCACUAGCAGGGAGCUUGGUGGGCAUUCCCUGGGAGGAACGAGUGUCAAACUGUGCUGGAUUUGGGUUUUUAUGUUCCUCACCAAAAGGAAGGAGAAAGCUGUGCUUUUUAUCCAUUGAAAAUAAUGUUCGAUCUUCCUGGGUAUUGUAAAAUUAAGCUAAACCUCCUACACUGUGUUUUCGAAAUGCACUUUAAGUACCUUUUUAAAGAAGAUUCCUGUGUUCUGGAAAUACAGAAGAGAAGGGAGUACUAUUUCCAGAGAGUAUGGUUUCCAGACUGCCAAGAAAAGGUUUUUUUGUGUCAAUAUCUAAUAGUCCUUAUUACUGAUUAGCAUGGUAUUUCAAAGCAAAGACUUUACUUUUUGCUGCUUCUUAUCUAAUUUACAGGGAUUUAAUUUUAUGUAAUGUAUUGUAUAUUUAUACAUCUGUAAUUAAUUGCACAUUAGAUAAGAAAGAGGAUUAGCUUCGGUCUAACACCCACUGGUACUAAACUGCCUGUGCACGUGGAUCUGCCUGUACCCCUGCACACCCGAGCUGGUGGUAGCUGAUGCUGGGGUGGGUGUUCUGCUGAAGGUGAGCUGUUGACCUGCUGCUGGAGGAGGAAGGGUCCUGCUGCUGCUCGGGAAGGCUUUGUUGGCUGUCCCUACAGCUGGGUCCGACGUGUGCGUUGCAUCUCUCCGUGGUGGUCACUAUCCCAGCCUGUGGUCUGGCUGUAGUGUCUGUAGCAGGAUGUAUUAACUUUGUGCUUCCUUGUUUCAAAACAUCAGCUGUUCAAGAGCAGGACUGACUUUUGUUCAGAAGGCCAUUUAUGUGUUCAAUGUAUUUGAAAUCAAAACUAGUCCAACACUAACCAGACGAUUGUGUCCAAUGUCAUUUGGAACAGGAUUUAAAUUGCUGGGAUCAGCUGUGUAUUCAGAAAACUGGUGUGGAGCUCUUGAGUCUUCAAUUCUUAAUGUUGCCAAGUGAAUGGGCUGCCCCUGAGCAGUGCUGAAUUUACCUCUUGCUUGCCUGGAAACCAGGGACUGGAAGCAGAGGGAGUCUUGAAUGAUCAGCACUUCCCAGGAUCAGGUCUGAAUUUUCUGCUUUGCUUGUUCAUAUUUCAUGUGCAGUUGGUUAUGGCUCCCGAAUUUGGACAUCAGACAUGCUGUUCACUGGAAUACAUCCCUUGGAAUUGCGGUCCCCAUGUCCCUGUUAAUCUCUCUGUACACAAGGUAUACAAGGUAAAAGCUGUAUAAGUGGCCUUCUUGAACAAAUCUCUUUGCAAACUGAUUUCAUCCCAGCGAAGGAGUGUAUCAGCAACACUGUACAUUAAUUUCAGGUUUUCAUUUUCUUAUUUUAUUUUGUAAAUAUAUCUGAUAUUUGGAGCUUGAGUAUACAAAAUGUAAAUAUAGUUCAUGUAUUUGUACUAAUUCUGAUCCAUUUGCUGUAUAGCCUUAGGUGUGCAAUGCAGAUAUCUAACUGUGUAUGGUAACCUUGCACCACUGAAUUGUUAGUGAACGAGGUGAAACAAUAAAGGUACAACCAGUGCAUUAGCAGAUAGAA